AUGGCUCGGUGGCCGCCGGGCUUCCCCGGCUUUCCCCUCCCUCCACCGACGUGGCCAUACCGUCCUUCCAUGCCGCCGCCGCCGCCACCGUCCGGCGGUUCGUCUCAAGGCAGGACCGUCGCCGGCACCUUCGGCGGCCUCGUCGCCUGCUUGCUCGUUGGCCUCGCCGUGUGCAGCCUCUGCAAGAGGCGUCGCAACAGCCGCGCCCGCGCCGCGGCCGCUCCGGCGCAGAGCGUGGCCGCAGCCGAUCGGGCGCAGAACCUGACGGAGAGCGGCGGCGUGCGCGUCGACGUGCGGCAGCUUCACCGGGCCUGCGCCGUCAGCCCGACGGCCGGGCUCCCGGCGUUCACGUACAGCCUGUCGGUGAAGCACAACGUGAGUGGCGGAGGGGAGGAGGCGGCGACGUGCUCGGUGUGCCUCGGCGCGAUGCAGGUCGGCGAGACGGUGCGGCUGCUGCCGGCGUGCCUGCACCUGUACCACGCGGAGUGCAUCGACCCGUGGCUGGACGCGCACUCGACGUGCCCGCUCUGCCGCUCCGACACCGACCCGGCCGCUGUAUAG